CCUACUUCAGAACAAAGAAAAUGAAAAAACUGAUAGAUUUGAACCGAGGUAGUGUUUUCGAGGACAAGCGAGGGAUGGUUGGGUCAGCUCCGUAUAAACUAGGAGAGCAAAAAAGACAGGGACCACAGAAUGUAGAUCUGAACAGCAGAGCCAUCUAUCAUCAAACAGGACAAAUACAUCCUUCAAAACCUUUACACUCCGGUAGACCAACAUUAGGCCAGGAAAAAAGUAGAUUAACAUCUACCUAUUCCCUGGCCCACGGACCCAAGCUUAGGAUGGAGAAUACUAAACGAGGAGCUAGAAAAGUGAAGGCAUCAUCCAGAGGCCUUUUAUUAGGAACUGAUGAGGAGGCCGAGGAUUUAACUGGACAACGUGCACCAAUUUCAUCUUCGAGAUGGAAAAGUGAGGUUCGAGAUCAAUUUCAAGGUUGUCUCAACCUCCGUCCUUUAUCUGCUCCAAACCAGAUUAAUUAUCCUCUUUCAUUAAUGGACAAUCAGGAACCAGUUUUUGGCCACACUAAAUCCUAUGCCUCAAGACAUCACCAAAUGCAGGAGCUGUUACCAUUCUGUCCUGGCGUUCAAUCCCACCUCCAGGACCUUGAUGUUUACCAGAGUACUUAUUCACUGGAAUAG